AAAAUGCCCCCAUUACCCGUAGUUCCCCAUCAAUUAACCAAAAUUCGUUCUGAAAAUCGUGUUCUUUUAGUUCGUUUUGCUUUUUUGUUUUCUGUUUGUGCUGUGUUCUCCAAUAUAAUUAGUGCUGGUACAAAUAAUUGGUUAAAUACAAGUGAAUUACUUAAAUAUUUUGUUUUGCCAAACCGAACAGUUGCUGAAAGUGAAGAACAAAACCCUCCAGCAUAUUUUAAGGCUAAAAUUAUUUCAUUUUCUUUAACACCAUUUCAUUGCACAAAAAUUGACGUUUUUGCCCUUGAUGAUCCUUCAGAUGUUACAACUGCUGUUGAAUGUUUGUAUUUACUUUUUUUAAUUGAAACCCUCAAUCCUUUUCCACUCCCAAAAUGUCGCUCUAUUGGAGAGGGUCACUCACAGAAUAUAAAAUUAUUUAAUUUUAUAGUAUCUGUUCGUAGAUGUGCUCCUUUUAUCGUCGCCGGUUGCUGCAUGGAUUCUUUGGGGAUGUUAAGUGUUUGUAUUUGCCUCUCUCGUAAACGUCCCUACAAAACAUUACUUUUUGCUACAGUGACAAAUAUAUUUACAGGACUAGUUAAUUUUACUUGUAUAAUUGUUUAUAUAACUUCAGUCUCAAAAGAAGUUGGCAACAAAAUUUAUAAAGCUUCCAGAAUUGAUGACUCUCUUUUUCAUUAUUCUUAUGGAUUUUCUUUUAUAAUGCUUAAAAUAAGCUUUUUAUGCACAGAAUUAACAGCUCUUUUCUGUGUAGUUGUUUUUAUGGCUAAAAGAGAUGAAAGGGCCUAUAAUGCUUAUAAAAUACGUUCAAUGUUAAGGAAUUUGCAUAAAACAAACGAAAUAAAUAAGUCUUCAAUAUCAAAUUGUUCUUUGCCUUAUGAUCAAAUUUUAAAAGAAAAUGAACUUUAUUAUAAACAUGCUAGAGUAAAUACACUUAGAAGAAAAUCAGUUUGUUCCCAAGAAUUUACACAACAACCUUUACAACUUAUUGCAGCCUGUUCUACUCUAUUGACAGUAACUACAGAGGGGGAAUGUUCACCUAAACAACAAUCAAUGUCUAACAACCUAAGAAUGACAGAUAAUUCAUCCAAUCAAGUACUUUCUAAUGGUUACUUUUAA